UAGUCGACGAUGUGCUCAAGACCAACAUGCAGCCGGUACUGGCGCCCCUUGAAACGACUGACUAUGGGCUGACAGACCAAAGCAAAUGGAAGACAGAUCCAUAUCGGAAGUCGCUUUCAACUGCUUCUGGUUCCAGCAGCCGCAUCACGUCCUCCUCAGAGGAAGAGUUUUUGACGAGACGACCUUCCGGAGAGAUAUCAAAUCUGAGGUGCCAUGACAGGUGCAAGCCUUUCUUCGAAGACCCAUGGCAGGGUCAUGAAGACUUGAUCAAAGAAGAUUGGGAGGCUUGGCUUGAGGACUUUAGAAGGCGUCGCAGUGGCCACGCAGAGAGUGCUAUUCCUUUGCCAGUGCUGGAGAGGAUGAGUUGGACAGCAUGGUCCUGACAGUUGGAAUUGACCCGAGUAGGCCUUGUGUCAUUUAGGCUGGUCACGGCUGUUCACCAGGUCCAGUGUGAGUUGCCAGGAACUUUGCUGCAAGUGUUUUGACUCCUGCAGCAGUGGAUGGCAACGGCAGAUGCCAACGCUUGCCGUCGCAAAGGAGGCACGAAGACUCCGGUAGCAAGCCACGCUUGCCCACCAGUUGCCUCAUUGAGACUCCCAAUGCAGAGCUGACAAUGGCGAGGCA